AUGCAGUUUCUCCAAGUCCUCUCGCUGGUCGCCAGCGCCUCUGCAUUCGUCGCCUCUGAUCCUCUCGAGAAAAGGGCCGACAUCCAAUACAACGACUCUUUCGAUGACCUCGCCACCACCAUAGUCCUCCCCCAGCUCUUCCCCGUUGGCCUCUACAACGGCCUGAGCUACGGAGGCGUCGUCGUCCUCCGCCCCAUCGACGGCGUCGCCAGCGUCCUCCCGCACUCCCCACCCCAGCACGGCGGCGCCGCCGGCCCCCUCGACCUCCUCUACCUCGGCGACCUCACCCUCAACACCUUCGCCACGCUGACCCGCGGCAACACCGUCAAGUCCUUCGACCUCCAGGACUUCUACUGGGGUUUCGGCACCGACACCGGCACCACCUUCGGCCUCGCCCAGCCCGGCACCAUCUAUGUCGUCGGCUACACCGUCUCCGGCCAGGAACUCACCACCACUUUCUCCUACGUCCCCGACAGCACCUUCAACGCCCGUUUGACCUUCGCCCAGCUCCCCGCCGGCUGGGUAGAUCUCCAGAACGUUACGUUUGCUGUUGCGAACAGCGAGCCUAUCUCUGAGCGUACUUAUAUCGCUCUUGAUAACGUCAGGCAUAUCAACCAUGUCUAG